GGUGAAAUUCAGAACCCAUGCGUAUUGAUAGCGCACCGGAGUAGACAAGGGGCUAGGGGUUUCCUUGGCACCUAAUCUUGCAGUGAUUUCACUGAUAUCAGCAAAAGGGUAAAUCAACUUCUUCAUAACCAAACUUGCAAGGUAACUAGCCAGAAGCUGCCUGUAUCAUGGGUGAAUCAUUUACAAUCCAAAUCAGCAGCAAUUUAGUUAGACAGCUAGCCGAAGACCCUGAAAAGUCAAAGAAGAAAACAAAGAAGCAGAAACCAAAGAUUUCAAGGGAACCUCAGCAGUCAGAAAAAGUACAUACACAGCAGAUUUCUGAUGAUUCCAACGCAAAAAAGGGUCAUCCUGCAUCUGGAUGGCCACUUCAAGCUCCUUUAUACUUGCCGGUUCCCCCUCCACAAUCUGCUAACUCAGAGUUAGAAGCCAUCCGGUCUGUCCUUCACGAGAGCGAGAAAGUAGUGGAAAGGUUGAACAAACAGCAGGAAAACCUGUUGCAGGAAGUUACUGAAAGAGCCAAGGAACUUCACGACAAGGAGUUCAAACUUCCACAACAGAAGCCAAUGCCCUGUUUGGAAGAGAAAGAUGCUUGUUUGAAGUGCUACAAGGAACAUGUGAAGGACCCCCUAAAAUGUGCUAGUUUCGUCAAGGAUUUUGCUGAUUGUGCACGCAGAGUUAGGCAGCUAGUUGGCACGGCAGAUAAAUAGGGUGCUCUGGGUUCACAUGCUUCGUGCCAAGUAGUGGCCGGUAUAAUUUGACAUUGGGAUUUUGUGGUGAAAUAAAUCCAACAUUUACUAUAUUCUCGAUGUUUAGAUGCAGCGUGUUCUCGUAUUCUUCUGAUUCACGGGGAAAUUUUCUUCAUGUUUAUGAUAGAGCCAGUUGAGAUCCUUUAUUGUGGUUCCUAUCAAGGGAAUUUCAAUCCAAAUGGGAGAAGACUAGUUCUGUGGAUGUACCAAUUUUUAAAUAUAAUUCUGCGGAUUUGGCAAGUGCAGCAAACCAUGAAAGAGAGUUAUUUGGACAAACCCGAACUCAGUUUUCAAUUUUAAUUUUCUCAGCUGAGAUUGUAAUAAAUGUUUUUUUCCCGCCCUCUUUUUCAGUUUUAUUUAGCAGCCAACACAUUUUUAUA